AAAAAAAUGCCAAAUUCCACGCAUUGGACACCAGCACUAAGCUAUUCUGUUUUGGUUGUCGACAGCAUCACCCUAAUCACAGGUCUUCCCGCCAACCUGCUGGCUCUCUACACUUUGAUCCAAAAGAGGCGGCCAACAUGACCUGGACCACGGCCUUCUGGCUUUGUCCACUCUCAGGAUUCAUUUACUUUAGCACCAUUCACAACAGCACCUUGCUUUUAACAGCUAUUAGUGUGGAGCGCUAUUUAGGAGUAGCCUUCCCCAUCAAGUACAAACUUAAGCGAAAUCCCCGAUAUGCUAUUAUUGCUAGUGUCUUCUUUUGGGUGCUUUCCAUGGGCCAUUGUAGUAUUGUCUACAUUGUGGAGUAUCAUAACAAAAGCAAUGAUAUGACCAACAGGAACUCCUGCUACAAGGAGUUUAGCAAGGAGCAGCUGGACCUUCUCUUACCUGUCCGUUUUGAGUUGUUCAUUGUCCUCUUCUGCAUACCUUUUCUCAUCUGUUGCUUCUGUUACAUUAACUUUGUCAUCAUCCUGUCUCGCUUGCCAAACAUCAACCCUCGGAAACGCUCCAGGGCCAUUCGGCUUGCUGUAGUCACCCUCCUGGUUUUCAUUAUCUGUUUUGUCCCAUUCAAUGUGUCCCAUGUGGUGGGUUUUAUUAGAUGGCAGAGUCCACCUUGGAGAGUCUACACAGUACUACCUAGCACCUUUAAUGCCUGCUUGGACCCCUUUGUCUUUUAUUUCUCUUCAUCAGCAGUUCGGGGGACUUUCAACCAAGUAUUUCAACGGGUCCUCAAUUGGCUACAGAGUUCCUUUAGGCAGAAAUUCAACUGUAUGCAGUUAGGCCGUGCUAAUGUUUAUGAUGAGAGAACACAGAGUUCCAAUGAUAUUUCUCAUUAAAGUCUAGAUUCACAGAUAGGCACAUACUGUAUUUUCAUUAGUGCUCUUAUUGGGAGUCUCUUUACAACAAUGUCACAGAGAAAUACUGCAGUUGGUGUUGGCGGAUAAAUUAUUGAUGGCCAGCAUAAUGCUGUUCAUAAAAGGUAACCAUUACAAUUCAUAAAUACUGAACCACCGAAACCACGCAGUCCCUUGGAUUGUUAAUCAUAUACUUUGAACAUUAACUGAGAUAUUAGGAUCAUUUAUUUCACAUUUUAAUAAAUAUUAUUAAUACGGCAACAUUUGUUGAUGACACAUUGUGCCUUAAAUAAUUAUACAUUUUAUAUAUGGAAAAAUGGGGACACGGUGGUGUAAUGGUUAGCACUGUCGCCUUGCACCUCCAGGGUCCAGGGUCGAUUCCCGUCUCUGUGUGCAUGGAGUUUGCAUGUUCUCCCUGUGCUUGGUGGGUUUCCUCCCACAAACCAAAGAUAUUCAGGUUAGGCUAAUUGGCGUUCCCAAGUUGUCUGUAGUGUGUGUGUGUGCCCUGCAAUGGAUUGGCACUCUGUCCAGGGUGUACCCUGCCUUGUGCCCUAAGCCCCCUGGGAUAGGCUCUAGGUUCCCGCGACCCUGAAUACAAAACAAAAUAAGCAG